UACAAUAAAAAGAAACUCAUUUUCUAGGGUUUAUCUCUCUCCCUUCAUUUCCCUCAGCCUCAACUUCUUCUCCUUCAAUCAACAAUGGCGAAACCCAGAACCGGCAGCAGAAACCCAGAUCUUGUUAGGGGAAUCGGCAAAUUCAGCCGAUCUAAGAUGUACCAUAAGAGGGGUCUUUGGGCUAUUAAGGCCAAAAACGGCGGCGUUUUCCCUACUCACGCUCCUAAAGCAGCUGCUCCUGCUUCGGCUGAGAAGACCUCCAAGUUUUACCCUGCUGACGAUGUUAAGAAGCCCUUAAUUAACAAGCGCAAACCCAAAGCCGCCAAACUUAGGGCGAGUAUUACACCAGGGACAGUGUUGAUUGUGUUGGCUGGAAGGUUUAAGGGGAAGAGAGUUGUGUUUUUGAAGCAACUUUCAUCUGGGUUACUUCUCAUUACUGGCCCCUUUAAGAUUAAUGGUGUCCCACUAAGGAGAUGCAACCAAGCAUAUGUGAUUGCUACUUCUACUAAGGUUGAUGUUUCUGGAGUUGAUGUAUCAAGCAUCGAUGACAAAUACUUUGCCAAGCAAGGUGAACAGAAGAAAAAGAAGGGAGAAGGAGAAUUCUUCGAGGCAGAGAAAGAGGAGAAGAAUGUACUUCCAGCAGAGAAGAAAGAGUCUCAGAAGGCUGUUGAUGCCCCAUUGGCAAAGAACAUUGAAGCUGUCCCUGAAUUGAAGGCAUAUUUGGCAGCAAGGUUUUCGUUGAAGUCAGGCAUGAAACCUCACGAGCUUGUCUUUUAGAGGAGCUGAGUAGAAAGUAACUUGCACAUCAGAUUUUGUCAUCUUAUUAUUUAAGCUGUUUAUGUUUCUUGAUGUAUGUUUCUCAUCAUGAUUCAAGUGUUUACAAAUUUUCGUGCGAUAACAACUCCUCGUGGAAGUUUUCAAAUUUUGUUAGAUGCAGCGAAUGCCUUUAUGAUAACUUGUUUAAUUUUAAUUUCUCAAUUUUGAUUUCUCAGUGAAAUUAGUAUAGUUACAGCAGUC